AUGGAUUUAUUUGCCAUACCGAAUAGUACAGUUGAGAAUGAACUGGGAACAACAAGCGUUACUAAUAGAACAAAGAUGCGCAAUACCAAAGAAUAUGAUGUAAUAAUUAUUGGAGCUGGAUUUGCAGAUCUUAUUGCUGUUCAUGAACUUAGUUGUCGUUGUCGAAGUGUAUUGAUUAUUGAAACACAAGAUCGUAUAGGUCGUCGAACUUUUAUUGCACAAAUUGAUAAUCAAUCACAUGAGAUUGGUGGAACACGGAUUCAUUGGAGUCAACCACACAUAUGGACAGAAAUAACACUUUAUAGGAAUGUAGAUGAAGUAUUUGGACGAUCAAUUUUUCCUUGGCCACACACAUCUUUAACUGUUGCACAAGCUAUACAAACUUAUGAUUGCUUGACAAUGCAACAAAGAUCGGAACAAAUAUCAACUUCACUUGUUACUACUACUGGUGCUGCUGCUGCUGAUGAUGAUGAUGAUAAUGAUGACGAUAAAGACAUGUGUCAAAUCUUAGAUGCUUAUCUUUCAAUAAAUACAUCACAAGAUGAUUUGAGAGAAAGUGGAUUUCUAGAUCAUCUCAGUUUUUGGGCACUUGACGAUUGUGAUGUGAUGAGAACAUGUGAUAAAACUAGUCGAUAA